CGAUAUUGAGAAUAUCACAGUGACGUGAGCAGAACUGCCUCAUUGCGUGGUAUAGCUGUUAAUUUCCUGGACAAUACCGACCUUGUUAAGACAGAAUGCACUAAACCACCAGAAAGAAAAUUAUACGCUCACCAAACUGCACUCUCCGCUUGUCAUCAACAGUCGUAAUUGGGCUUGGGUGUUCAAGGACGGAUGGGGCCCCUGCCAACAUGAGUCUCUAUGAUCUAUAUAAGAUGCCUCUCUAGACGACCAUACCGCCCUCAAAUCCGCCAGCACCAGCAGCUUCUUCACUCUCACACCGAACAACAUUCCAAUCAACGACCCAGUUCACCAAGAACAACGAGAAAGUCCAUCAAAAUGGUUAAAUUCUUCACCCUCGCUGCCACCCUUGCUUUCGCCCUCACGGCUCUCGCAGCUCCCAGCCCGCAGAGCUGCGGCGGCACGGCAAUCGGCGGCUCGGACUGCAGCUUCAACGACCAAUGCCGAUCCUGCAGGUGCAUCAACGGCAUCUGCGCCAGAGCCAACCUCCUGGAGGCGCGCCAGUGCAGAGGCACCGCCAUUCCCGGGUCGGACUGCAGCUUCAACGAUCAGUGCCGGUCCUGCAGGUGCAGGAACGGCAUCUGUGCUUAGACGACGUCUUAUACUGCCCUGGCCAUCUAUUUCAAGGCUCCGGCCCUAAAGGUGGAGAGCAAUUCCAUUGGGAGAGAGAUGUGGUGCUGCUUCAAAGCAGUAUAUUGGGGCACCGAGAGGGCUUCCCCUGAGAUCAUUCAUUUCCAACACACUCGUUUGUAUUCAAUACCUAUCAUACCUACCCU